CUCGGCGUUCCCGCCGCCUGCUUGCCCCCGGCCGGAGAGGAGCCCCGCGUGUGAGCUGCGCCCUGGGCGCGCGCGUCCCGCUCCUGGUGAGUUCCAAAGUGGGAGCCACAGAUCAGCAUCUCAUCUGACUGCUGACCGCUGCUGCUGCUGCCGCCACCAGCCCUUGUUGCCAGCCCAGGCCUGUCUCUGUGCCACCUCUCAGCAGGGGCAGCAGCAUGAAAGAAGGCAUGUCGAGUAACAGCACGACCAGCAUCUCCCAAGCCAGGAAGGCGGUGGAGCAGCUGAAGAUGGAGGCCUGCAUGGACAGGGUGAAGGUCUCCCAGGCAGCCGCGGACCUCCUGGCCUACUGUGAAGCCCACGUGCGGGAAGACCCUCUCAUCAGUCCUGUGCCUGCGUCAGAAAACCCCUUCCGAGAGAAGAAGUUCUUUUGUACCAUUCUCUAACGCAGUUGGUGCCGACGAUGCCUCCUUUUCUGUCUGUAGAAUUCCCUGGUGGAGACCGUGCAUGCUCUUAGCUUAGGGACAUAGCCCACACCCAUCCCUGCCCAGCCUCCAUGGGAGGAGCUUGUCUCUCUCUCUUUUGUUUGGUUUCUUCAUGGCAUUCACUAUCACCUUUUCUUUUUUAUGUUGUUUUCAUUACUGGCAAAGAAAAUAGACUUUUUUUUUAUAACCAAAAAACAAACGUGCCAUGUAAGAACUAGUAUAGAUUUAAGGGUUUAAAAUCUGUGAACAUCGAUUCCCAAGUUAAAUACACCAAGUUAAUCAA